UUCCGGGUUGCUCGGCGGUGUCAUGGCGGCGCACCUGAAGAAGCGGGUGUACGAGGAGUUCACCAAGGUGGUCCAGCAGCAGCAUGAGGACCUGUCCACCAAGAAGCUGCGGCUGACCAAGCCCAGCAAGUCAGCAGCGCUGCACGUGGACCUGUGCAAAGCCACCUCGCCUGCUGAUGCCUUGCAGUACCUGCUCCAGUUUGCCAGGAAGCCCGUGGAAGUGGAGAGUGUGGAAGGGGUUGUCAGGAUCCUGCUGGAGCAUUAUUACAAGGAGAAUGAUGCCUCUGUAAGGCUGAAGAUUGCAUCCUUGCUGGGGUUGUUGUCAAAGACUGCAGGAUUUUCCCCAGACUGCAUUAUGGAUGAUGCCAUCAACACCCUUCAGAAUGAGAAGUCUCACCAAGUCCUUGCUCAGCUGCUGGACACCCUCUUAGUGAUCGGCACAAAACUCCCAGACAAUCCAUCUGUCAGGAUGAGGCUGGUAGAGGUAGCCUGCAAGCAUCUGACAGAUUCUUCUCAUGGUGUAAGGAAUAAGUGUCUUCAGCUAAUUGGCUGUCUUGGCCCAGUGGAAAAAGGUGUUGCAAAAGAGGCUGAAAGCCAGGCAGCCAGAGAUGUCCAGAAGAUAAUAGGAGAUCAUUUUAAUGAUCAGGACCCUCGAGUUAGGACUGCAGCUAUAAAAGCCAUGCUACAGCUUCAUGAAAGAGGACUAAAGUUACAGCAAGCUAUUUAUAGUCAGGCCUGCAAGCUGUUGGCAGAUGAUUACGAGCAAGUGCGCAGCGCUGCAGUUCAGCUGAUUUGGGUCCUCAGUCAGCUUUACCCAGAAAGCAUUGUCCCGAUUCCUUCUUCUAAUGAAGAAAUUCGCUUGGUUGACGAUGCCUUUGGAAAAAUUUGCCAUAUGGUUAGUGAUGGUUCCUGGGUUGUAAGAGUACAAGCUGCAAAGUUAUUGGGUUCUAUGCAACAAGUUAGCUCUCAUUUCUUGGAGCAGACCCUUGACAAGAAGCUCAUGUCAGAUCUGAGGAGGAAGCGCACUGCACAUGAACGAGCCAAAGAGCUCUACAGCUCUGGGGAGUUUUCAAGUGGCAGAAAGUGGGGAGAUGAUGCUCCCAAAGAGGAAAUCGAUACUGGUGCUGUCAACUUGAUUGAAUCAGGAGCUUGUGGGGCUUUUGUUCAUGGCCUGGAAGAUGAGAUGUAUGAGGUUCGAAUCGCUGCGGUUGAAGCCCUGUGUAUGUUGGCUCAGUCCUCGCCUUCUUUUGCUGAGAAAUGCCUGGAUUUUCUGGUUGACAUGUUUAAUGAUGAAAUUGAGGAGGUCAGAUUGCAGUCAAUACACACAAUGAGAAAAAUCUCCAACAACAUCACGCUGCGGGAAGACCAGCUGGAUACUGUGUUGGCUGUCUUGGAGGAUUCUUCAAGGGACAUUCGGGAAGCACUUCAUGAACUGUUGUGUUGCACCAAUGUUUCAACUAAAGAAGGCAUCCAUCUUGCACUGGUGGAGCUGCUGAAAAACCUGACCAAGUAUCCCACAGACAGAGAAUCCAUAUGGAAAUGCUUGAAGUUCCUGGGAAGCAGGCAUCCCACUUUGGUGCUUCCAUUAGUCCCAGAGCUGCUGAGCACACAUCCGUUCUUCGACACUCCGGAGCCAGACAUGGAUGACCCAGCCUACAUUGCUGUUCUGGUUCUGAUUUUUAAUGCUGCUAAAAGUUGCCCAACAAUGCCUGCCCUGUUCUCUGACCAUACGUUCAGACAUUAUGCCUAUCUUCGGGACAGUCUCUCUCACCUGGUCCCUCCACUAAGAUUGCCGGGUAGAAAGCUGGUGUCCUCUGCUGUGUCUCCCAGUAUUACCCCACAUGAAGAUCCUUCCCAGCAGUUCCUGCAUCAGAGCCUGGAGAGGGUUUACAACUUUCAGCACCUGGACCCACGGGGCAUACAGGAGCUGCUGGAAUUUACCAUCCGUGAUCUUCAGAGGCUUGGAGAGCUGCAGUCAGAACUGGCAGGGAUGGCAGAUUUCACUGCAACUUACCUUCAGUGUCAGCUGCUCCUCAUCAAGGCCUUGCAGGAGAAGUUGUGGAAUGUGGCAGCUCCCCUGUACCUGAAACAGAAUGCAUUGGCAUCUGCUGCAGCAAAACAGAUCCUGGAAGAAACUUACAAGAUGGAGUUCAUGUACAGCGGAGUGGAAAGCAGACAAGUGGUCAUCAUUCACCACAUGAGACUGCAGGCCAAGGCCUUGCAGCUGAUAGUGACUGCCCGCACCACCAGAGGAGUGGAACCUCUUUUUGGCAUGUGUGAAAAAUUCCUCCAAGAAGUGGAUUCCUUCCAGAGAUGUUUCAUCUCUGAGCUCCCACAUAUGCAAGGCAGUUUUGUAGAUAAAUUGCUGGACUUAAUGCCCAGACUUGUGACAUCCAAGCCUUCAGAAGUGGUCAAGAUUCUUCAGACAACACUGAGACAAAGUACCUUCCUCCACCUUCCUCUUCCAGAGCAGCUCCAUAGAGCCACUGCAAAUAUCAUUGAGCCUACUGGUGAAUCUGAUAAUCCCCUGAGGUUUACAUCAGGAUUGGUUGUGGCACUGGAUGUUGAUGCAACUCUGGAACAUGUGCAGGAUCCCCAAGGAACUGUUAAAGUUCAGGUGUUGUAUCCAGACGGCCAAGCACAGCUAAUCCAUCCUAAACCAGCUGACUUCCGAAACCCCGGCCCUGGGAGGCACAGGCUGAUAACUCAGGUUUACCUCUCUCACACAGCCUGGACAGAGCCAUGUCAGAUUGAAGUGCGAUUGCUGCUGGCUUACAACUCCAACAGGAGCAAAGCAUCUACCAGAGCUCCUAAAUCUAGCUGGAGUGAGAGCUUGGAGGCUCUCCCACCCCCUGAAAAUGGCAUAGAGGGGACCAUCCCCUUCAGCAAACCUGUCAAGGUGUAUAUAAUGCCCAAACCUGCCAGGCGGUGAAAGCUGGUGCUGAAAAACCUAUUUAUGGGCUUUGCUGUGUCCAAAUGCAGAGUCCAAGACAGCAAACCAAGCCAAAACAGCCUUUACAUGCCUAAAGGGAGUCAAAAUAAAGCUGCUGAGGAACAGGUCUCUUAGGCAGCAGGCAAAUACAGGAGUUACUCAGCUAGUUAGGAGUGGUUUCAAGAAAAUGCAGGUUUUUCUAUAUUGACUCCACAGAAACAGAACAGUUCACAAUCAGCAUUCCAGUAGUAAUUUCACUGGGCUAUACCUUCAGUUUUUACCUAUCAAAAGUCUUUCUCCAAGGCCUCUAGGUUUUCUGCUGUGUUUACUAUGUAAAUGCUUGGGCACAUAAAUCAAUGUUAUUUUUACAGUACUCUGAAGUGAAGCUGAGGAGUUCAGCAUUUUGUGUGGGGUUUUUGGUUUGUUUCCUGGAUUUUCUGGGUUUGGUGGUUUUGGUGUUUUGGGUUGGGUUUGUGGUUUUUUUUUGG